GGCGUUGGCGGAGGAUCUGUGAUGAUCAGCUGAGCCCGCUCCUCCCGCUCCUCCGGCUUCCUCCUCCUCCUCCCGCCGCCGUCCGGCGCCCCCAGCGCGCCCCAACCGCCGAGCCGCCCGCCCGCCCGCCCGCCCGGCCGAAGCAUGUCCAAGCCCAGCGACCACAUCAAGCGCCCCAUGAACGCCUUCAUGGUGUGGUCCCGCGGCCAGCGGCGCAAGAUGGCCCAGGAGAACCCCAAAAUGCACAACUCGGAGAUUAGCAAGCGGCUGGGAGCGGAGUGGAAGUUGCUCUCCGAGGCGGAGAAACGUCCUUACAUCGACGAGGCCAAGCGGCUGCGGGCGCAGCACAUGAAGGAGCAUCCCGACUACAAGUACAGACCCCGGCGCAAGCCCAAGAACCUGCUCAAAAAGGACAGCCAGUUCAGCUCCAGCGCCAUUCAGAAGAUGACUGAGGUUCCUCACACCUUAGCCACCAGCACCCUGCCCUACGCCUCCACCUUGGGAUACCAGAACGGGGCGUUUGGCAGCUUGAGCUGCCCCAGCCAACAUACCCACACUCACCCCUCGCCAACUAACCCGGGCUAUGUCGUGCCAUGUAACUGUACCGCUUGGUCGGCUUCCAGUUUGCAACCUCCAGUUGCCUACAUAUUAUUCCCAGGCAUGACCAAGACUGGGAUAGACCCUUAUUCUUCAGCACAUGCGACUGCCAUGUAACACCCACCCACACCCCCACAGGCGUGUGUGUGCGUGUUCCCCUUCCACGGGUGGCAGCUGGAACUGGGAUUCCUUCGUGUGCAUGUACAUAAAACCUACAGAAGCAAAAGGUCGCCCCGAAACAGGACUCUGGUGGCGGCCACCGGGCCGGGACAGACGCGGACGCUGCUCUCCGGAGAUGCUCUCGCCUAAAGCUCAACCUGAGAGCUGGC